ACCGUCCGCCCAGCCCCGCCCCGCACGGCCAGGCAAAGCGGAGCCGGCCGUGCGGUGUGUGUAUGUGUUCGCGGGGCGCCGUCUCAGCCCCGGGAAGAUGGUGGCGGCGGCGGCGGCGACUAAGGCGAGGCUGAGGAGCAGGACGGCGGCGACAGCGCUUGCGGGCAGGAACGGCGGGCAGCGCUGGGACUGGGACGCGACCGGGGCUGGGAGGCCGGGGCUGGGGGCCGGGCUGCGCCUCCCGCGGCUGCUGCUGCUGCUGCUGCUGCUGCUCCCGCCGCCGCUGCUGCUGCUGCCCUGGGCGGCCGAGGCCGCGGCAGCGGCGUCGGCGGUGUCGGGCUCAGCCGCAGCCGAGGCCAAGGAAUGUGACCGACCCUGUGUCAACGGCGGCCGCUGCAACCCUGGCACCGGCCAGUGCGUCUGUCCCACCGGCUGGGUGGGCGAGCAAUGCCAGCACUGCGGGGGCCGCUUCAGACUAACUGGAUCUUCUGGGUUUGUAACAGAUGGACCUGGAAAUUAUAAAUAUAAAACAAAAUGUACAUGGCUCAUUGAAGGACAGCCAAAUAGAAUAAUGAGACUUCGUUUUAAUCAUUUUGCUACAGAGUGUAGUUGGGAUCAUUUAUACGUUUAUGAUGGAGACUCAAUUUACGCACCACUAGUUGCUGCCUUUAGUGGCCUCAUCGUUCCUGAGAGAGAUGGCAACGAGACUGUCCCCGAGGUUGUUGCCACAUCAGGUUAUGCCCUGCUGCAUUUUUUUAGUGAUGCUGCUUAUAAUUUGACUGGAUUUAAUAUCACUUACAAUUUUGACAUGUGUCCGAACAAUUGCUCAGGCCGAGGAGAAUGUAAGAUCAGUAAUAGCAGCAACACUGUCCAAUGUGAAUGUUCUGAAAACUGGAAAGGUGAAGCAUGCGACAUUCCUCAUUGUAUACACGACUGUGGUUUCCCUGAUCGAGGCAUUUGCAAUUCAAGUGAUGUCAGAGGAUGCUCCUGCUUCCCAGACUGGCAGGGUCCUGGAUGUUCAAUUCCUGUACCAGCUAUCCAAUCAUUUUGGACUCGAGAGGAAUAUUCUAACCUAAAGCUCCCCAGAGCCUCUCACAAAGCUGUGGUCAAUGGAAAUAUAAUGUGGGUUGUUGGAGGAUAUAUGUUCAACCACUCAGAUUACAACAUGGUUCUAGCGUAUGACCUUGCUUCUAGGGAGUGGCUUGCCCUGAACCGUUCUGUGAACAAUGUGGUUGUUAGAUAUGGCCAUUCUUUAGCAUUAUACAAGGAUAAAAUUUACAUGUACGGAGGAAAAAUUGAUUCGACAGGGAAUGUGACCAAUGAGUUGAGAGUGUUCCAUAUUCAUAAUGAAUCAUGGGUGUUGUUGACCCCUAAAGCCAAAGAGCAGUAUGCAGUGGUCGGGCACUCAGCACACAUUGUCACGUUGAAAACUGGCCGAGUGGUCAUGCUGGUCAUCUUUGGUCAUUGCCCUCUCUAUGGAUAUAUAAGCAAUGUACAGGAAUAUGACUUGGCUAAGAACACAUGGAGUAUAUUACAUACCCAGGGUGCCCUUGUCCAAGGGGGCUAUGGCCACAGCAGUGUCUAUGACUACAGGACCAGGGCCCUGUACGUACAUGGCGGCUACAAGGCUUUCAGCGCCAAUAAAUACCGGCUCGCAGAUGAUCUCUACAGAUACGAUGUGGACACCCAGAUGUGGACCAUUCUUAAGGACAGCCGAUUUUUCCGUUACUUGCACACAGCUGUGAUAGUGAGUGGAACCAUGCUGGUGUUUGGAGGAAACACACACAAUGACACAUCCAUGAGCCAUGGCGCCAAAUGCUUCUCUUCAGAUUUCAUGGCUUACGACAUUACUUGUGACCGCUGGUCAGUGCUUCCCAGACCUGAUCUUCAUCAUGACGUCAACAGAUUUGGCCACUCGGCAGUCUUACACAACAGCACCAUGUAUGUAUUUGGUGGUUUCAAUAGUCUCCUCCUCAGUGACAUCCUGGUAUUCACCUCGGAACAGUGUGAAGCACACCGGAGUGAAGCUGCUUGUCUAGCGGCAGGGCCCGGCGUCCGGUGUGUGUGGGACACAGGGUCAUCUCAGUGCAUCUCCUGGGAGUUGGCAACUGAAGCACAAGAAGAAAAGUUAAAAUCAGAAUGUUUUUCCAAAGGAACUCUUGACCAUGACAGAUGCGACCAGCACACUGAUUGUUACAGCUGCACAGCCAACACCAACGACUGCCACUGGUGCAAUGAUCAUUGUGUCCCUGUGAACCACAGCUGCACGGAAGGCCAGAUCUCCAUUUCCACAUAUGAGAAUUGCCCCAAGGAUAACCCCAUGUACUACUGUAACAAGAAGACCAGCUGUAGGAGCUGUGCCCUGGACCAGAACUGCCAGUGGGAGCCCCGGAAUCAGGAGUGCAUCGCCCUGCCUGAAAAUAUCUGUGGCAUUGGCUGGCAUUUGGUCGGAAACUCGUGUUUGAAAAUUACCACUGCCAAGGAGAAUUAUGACAAUGCUAAAUUGUCCUGUAGGAACCACAAUGCCUUUUUGGCUUCUCUUACAACCCAGAAGAAGGUAGAAUUUGUCCUUAAGCAGCUGCGAAUAAUGCAGUCAUCACAGAGCAUGUCCAAGCUCACCUUAACCCCAUGGGUUGGCCUUCGGAAGAUCAAUGUGUCCUACUGGUGCUGGGAAGAUAUGUCCCCAUUCACAAAUAGUUUGCUACAGUGGAUGCCGUCUGAGCCCAGUGAUGCUGGAUUCUGUGGAAUCUUGUCAGAACCCAGUACUCGGGGCUUGAAGGCUGCAACCUGCAUCAACCCACUCAAUGGUAGUGUCUGCGAAAGGCCUGCGAACCACAGUGCCAAGCAGUGCCGGACGCCGUGUGCCUUGCGGACGGCGUGUGGAGAGUGCACCAGUGGCAGCUCAGAGUGUAUGUGGUGCAGCAACAUGAAGCAGUGCGUGGACUCCAACGCCUACGUGGCCUCCUUCCCUUUUGGCCAGUGUAUGGAAUGGUACACCAUGAGCAGCUGCCCCCCUGAAAAUUGUUCAGGCUACUGUACCUGUAGCCAUUGCUUGGAGCAGCCAGGCUGCGGCUGGUGUACUGACCCCAGCAAUACUGGCAAAGGGAAAUGUAUAGAAGGCUCCUAUAAAGGACCAGUGAAGAUGCCUUCUCAGACCCCUGUGGGAAAUUCCUACCCGCAGCCCCUUCUCAAUUCCAGCAUGUGCCUGGAGGACAGCAGAUACAACUGGUCUUUCAUCCAUUGUCCAGCUUGCCAGUGCAACGGGCACAGCAAAUGCAUUAAUCAGAGCAUCUGUGAGAAGUGUGAGAACCUGACCACAGGCAAGCACUGCGAGACCUGCAUAUCUGGCUUCUACGGGGAUCCCACAAAUGGAGGAAGAUGUCAGCCGUGCAAGUGCAAUGGGCAUGCGUCGCUCUGUAACACCAACACGGGCAAGUGCUUCUGUACCACCAAGGGCGUCAAGGGGGAUGAGUGCCAGCUAUGUGAAGUAGAAAAUCGAUACCAGGGAAACCCUCUCAAAGGAACAUGCUAUUAUACUCUUCUUAUUGACUAUCAGUUCACCUUUAGCCUAUCCCAGGAAGAUGACCGCUAUUACACAGCCAUCAAUUUUGUGGCGACACCUGAUGAACAAAACAGGGAUUUGGACAUGUUCAUCAAUGCCUCCAAAAACUUCAACCUCAACAUCACCUGGGCCGCCAGCUUCUCAGCUGGAACCCAGGCUGGAGAAGAGAUGCCUGUUGUUUCAAAAACCAACAUUAAGGAGUACAAAGAUAGCUUCUCUAAUGAGAAAUUUGAUUUUCGCAACCAUCCAAAUAUCACUUUCUUCGUCUAUGUCAGUAAUUUCACCUGGCCCAUCAAAAUUCAGAUCGCCUUCUCCCAGCACAGCAAUUUUAUGGACCUGGUACAGUUCUUCGUGACUUUCUUCAGUUGUUUCCUCUCUUUGCUCCUGGUGGCUGCUGUGGUUUGGAAGAUCAAACAAAGUUGUUGGGCCUCCAGGCGUAGAGAGCAACUUCUUCGAGAGAUGCAACAGAUGGCCAGUCGCCCUUUUGCCUCCGUAAAUGUUGCCUUGGAAACAGAUGAAGAGCCUCCCGAUCUUAUUGGGGGGAGUAUAAAGACUGUUCCCAAACCCAUUGCUCUGGAACCGUGUUUUGGCAACAAAGCUGCUGUCCUCUCUGUGUUUGUGAGGCUGCCUCGAGGGCUCGGUGGAAUCCCUCCUCCUGGGCAGUCACGGUCUCGCAGUGGCCAGCGCCCUGGUGGACAUUUCUCAGCAGAUGCCAAUAGUGUACAAAGAGAAGUCAGGAGCCGUGAGAAACCGGAAGCAGCAGCCCCCUGCGCAACCUGGGACCUGCAUUUGAGGCUGGGCCAGGGACUCUCCGUGAGUGAGCGAGCCAGGUGUGGCGUGCCAGCGCCGUCUGCAGGGAGGGGGCAGGCGGGGAGAUGCUGUGUGAAGCGGGCCGAAGACUGGAAACCCUCGAAACAUCUGACUCCUCUGCAUGUUCACAAGCUUUCUUUGCCGGUUUCUCCCAUCUGUGCUCCAGCAUCUAACCUUUUACUUUUGCAUAGGACAUCACUGAUUUAAUUGCAGGUCCAGGGGUGAUCCAGUUGUUGCUGGAGGAGGCUGGGGUAUAGAGCCAGUGAGGGAGCUGGGAAUGACACUCAGGUUCACUUGUGGAAAACUGCUCUUGGGGCCGUCUCAACUUGCAAAAAACAAAAGAUGUAGUGUUUACAAGUAGACAUUCACCAUCCGUCAUUCUUGAACGUGGUCUUUUAAAAAUUAGUCAGAUGAAUGAAUUUGUCCUCAUCUGAAGCCUGCUAUCUUUUUUAAAAGAUGUGCUACUUAUUCUUGCACGAUGUAGGCAAAUCUCUCUCUUCCAGGGAGUAGCUUUUUUCUAGUUGAGAAUUAACAAUGGUCUGGCUCUUUUGAAUCAUAUCAAACUAAGGUAGAAGGGAGCUAUUUUAAAUGUCAAGGUCAGCAGUGUUACUUAGAAUGUAAACUGAUGUAGUAGGUAGUUUUCUAUAGCAACUUGAUUAAUUUAGUCUUAAUCCAUUUGAAAUUUUCUCCGUCUCUCUUUCUCUUCAUCUCUCUCUCUCUCUUCCUCUCUCUCUCUCUCUUCCUCUCUCUCUCUCUCUCUCUCUCUCUCUCUCUCUCACACACACACACACACACACACACACACACACACUAAGUGCCUAGACUUUAAAUAGAUCUAGCAAUUGGAAAGUUAGUAAGCCUGUGUUUUUACAUAAUUGCAUUCCUACAUUCUUACAAAAUUUAAAUAGCUACCAUUGGCAAUCUGCUGUUUUUCUAAAAUCUGAUUUGCAGCCAGGGAAAGAAUUUUCCCACCCCAGGGAACGUUUAACCUAGCAGCAGGGACUGAGAGAAAAGCGGAAGUGACCAAACUGUGAAAGCUCCUGUUUGUGUUGUCAUCAAAAGGGGCCCUAAAUAAGGUGUGGUUCUCGUGUGCCCCCUGCUCCUCUCCCCAACUCUAGGCCUGAUGUUUGCUCCAGCCCUUCUGGCCACUCCUGCCAGGACACCACAGAGGAAGGGACUCGUUCAUGUUACACGUCUCCCUUGAACAGAAAAGAGCAUGACAGCACUUGGGACCCCUGCACCUAAAAGCAACAGUGUGUUCCUGUAGCCUGCUCAAAGAAUGUGGGUCAUCCUCAGGCUGCUGGUGGAAUCGCACGCCCAAAGCCUGGAGAAGGACCUGGGAUUGUUUGCCCGUUCUUCUCCGGGAGAGGCUCAGCCCAGCUCUCCCAUCCUCCUUCCCAGACCUGGGUGGUGGCUAUGGGCGGGGCAGUGACCACUGUGGACGAUGAAAAGCACAUGGAGGAAAUGGAUGAGGAGGAAUAACUAUGCCAAGUGGAAAGUGACCAAAUUUAAGUGGGGUAGGGCAGUCCUGCUCUUCUCCCCAGGCCACUGCCUGGGUGUCGUGUUGUCCCUGUGUAUGGUGCUCUGUAUUCUGGCAUUAUGCAGCAGCCUCCCCAGGUCUGUAUUCUGCUUCAAAACUUUGGAGUUCUCUGACAUUACCCCAUAGGGAUGGACCUUUAGACGACAAAAUGCUCAAGUUUGUGAAUUUGGAGAAAUUAAUACUCAAAAGGGCAAAGACUGCAGCAUUUCACCUUUAAAUGCAGUGCCUAGAGCAGGAGUGCUGUGUCUUCCCCAGCACCAACCCCUCACCCACGAAGAGCUGCCUGGAAAGAUGUUUUCAAGGAAGUCGAACCACAAAACACUGUCUGAUGCACAAAACACCUCUACUUUGAGACUUGUCUCUCAAAAAGCUGCUUCUUCACAUCAUUGGUAAAGAGCAGACAAUUCUAGAAAAAACCCCUUCUCUUCCAAGCUUCCCACAUCCCUGCUCCACACCACAGCACCCACAGAGCCUGCCACAGAGUGGCGCUUUACCCCUGUAAUUGCCAUGAGGCCUCUUGGCCAGAGAGAGGGAAGCCCCUGGAGAGGGACCUCCCAUAAGGAAAAUCCUUGUUUGUUCGAAGGACCAGUGUUUCUUUGGCCAAAGAAGUCUCUUCCCCAUGGGUUUCCAGGCCUUGAAAUAACAUGUACUGUGUCCCUUAGCCACCUGGAUAUUUUAUUUUUUUCUAGAAGAUAGUUUAUUUUUUAAAAGGAGCAAGUGAUGUUUAAUUUUGCUCCAACAGUGGAGAAACAGCUGAAUCCACCUGCUUCUCCUUUGCAGUCAAGAGCGAAGAACUUCCUCCAGACUCAGGCCAGAGGAAGGGAGUGGCAGGAGAAAGAGGCAGUCAGCUUAGGAGCCAGUUACCAGGAGGGAAUCAUCUGGAACUUCAGAGAAAUGCCUGCGUGUCACAAGAGAGCCUGUAUAUAAGUUAAAAUUGUCAUGAAAACAUCGAUGUUGCACUUGUACAUAAUUAUACAGUAGUGUCCAGAAUGUUCAUUCAGAGUGUACAUAAAACAAAAAACUAUGUUAAUGUAUUUUUAUUAAAUGUAACGGUGUCUGAGUUUUACCUAGUAUAUUUUUGUGCCACAUACUGAAUAUCCAAGUUUGAAGAAGUCCUCUCGUUGGGCCCUGAUACAUUGAUAACAAAGCCAAAAAGGCACCCCCAUCAUGCCAGUGUGUCCAAAUGCAUCUGGUACUAAUUGGACGACUCUAAAACAGAAAUUGUCAGUACACAGAGGAGAAAUCGGGCAUUGAGCCCAUUUAAACAGCAUUGUGUGAGGAGACACAAAGGCAGCAGGAAGGUCGCUGUCACUGUUGUUGGCUCUGCAAGUGCAUCAUGAAUCUUUCUGUUAGCCUCUUGGUGCUGUGCUUGGCCAGCAAUGACCCAUCUUGUCCUGAGGACUGUUUCUCUUGGUCUCUAAGUUCAAAGACUAUAUCAGGUUUUCCAAAAAGGGGUUUUACAGGAUGUAUCUGUUUGGUCUAAAAUUUUAAUGACCAUUUCCCAGAACCAUGGUUUCCUAUACUGAAAACUGGGGGUGGGAGUAGGGUGGCUAGUUCAUUGAUAAAUAGUUCCUGUUCCCUCCUGGAGAAUUGCACACCCCCUGGCCUCCUGUCUGCCCCCUACUCCUGCACACACACAGUUUGGGGAGAAGUCUGCACUUCCUGUGAGAUCACCUCUAAAAGGUGGGAGGAGUUGUGAGCUAACCUGGAAGAAAAGCAGCCCUGGACAGAAGACUGUCAGCAACAGGAAAAUACCAGAACUUGUGUGGGUGAGGCCCAAAGUGCAAUAUUGCGGACACACCAGGAAGUCUGGGGCGGACGGAUGAGAAGACCAGAGCACUAUGGGUAGGAAAAAGACAUGUUACCUUUUCAGUGCAUCUCUGUCAACUCAACGGAGUGUAUCUGGGGAGAGGGUGGAGACUCACUUCCUUGGGUGCUGGUGUCAUUUUUGAGAACACCUUUGAUCCUUUAGUUUCUAACAUCCAUCCACCCAUUCAAUGAAUAUUCACUAAGCACUAACUAACAACCUAAGCUAACACUAGGGCAGUGACCAAGAUGGAAAAGAAGCUUUGUGGAAUUAACAGCAAAACCCAGCUCAAGCCCCUCAUCCCAAGAGACCUCUCCUCGUGGCAGUUCCUGUGAGAAUUGGCCACCCUGAGGACAAACCCAGGAAGGCAGGGGUCUGUCCUCAGGCCGUGCACCAGCUCGCAGUCUGAAAUGUUUGCCCAAUUUACCAAACCACGAAAAUCACCAUGAUGGCAGGCCCGCCAAGAGACAUUUCCCCGGAAUCGUUCAAACUCCUAAGCACCCUCACCUGCAGGGAGAUGGUUUGAAGUGGAGAGGAAAACUGGCGCCUUCGCUUUCAAAGGCAAUAAUGGAAUCGACUUUCAGUAACUGAAAUUUGUGCACAAAACAUUCUAAACACUAGUGAAGCCUGUUUUGUUGAACUAAUUCUGGCUCUGGAAAUGUUUUUGUUUUAUAGGUAUUUACGGUUAUUGUUUUGGGGUUUUUUUGUUUUUGUUUUUUUUUUGUUUGUUUGUUUGGGUUUGGAUUCAAGCUUAGUUUGUUAAUAUGUAUAAUUUAGCAUCUAUUGCACUCAUGUAAAUAUGGAGUAAGUAUUGUAAACUAUUUCAUUGCUGGGGACUGUGGGUGUUAUACAUACAUUUAGGACUGCAAUUUUUUGGUAUUUUUUGUAUUGUAAAAUAACAGCUAAUUUAAGCAGGAACAAGAGAAUUAAGGGAGGUCUGUGCAUUUUAAACACAAAUGUGAAGAACUUGUAUAUAAACAGAAGUAAAUACUAUAAUACAAACUUCCUUCUGAAAUAAAAGUAGAUCUGGUAAAAAUGUGGUUUUUGCUCU